AACGAGCAACACGUGAAGGCACCGUGUCUUCUUCCUGGAGUCUCUCGCAGGGAGGCUUGUGAUUGGCUGACAGUGACAUCAUCGUCCCUGCUCUGCGUACGUGGGCCGUUGUAGCGUCAGAGCUCCUCCUCCUCCUCCUCUUCCUCCUCCUCCUCGGUCCCCUCGUCUUUCCUCCUCCUACAUCCACAGAGGAGGGAGGCAGGGACUGCUCCUCCCCCAGCUCCUCCCACCCCGGGGCCGGACCUCCAGUGUACGAACCGGAUCAGUGUUAAUAUUGAUGAAGCCGCGCAUUGGCUCCAGGUGGCGUCAAUCCUGGGCUGCUCUCUUGGUACACACACACACACACACAUAUAUAUAUAUACACACAAGCGCGCACACACACACGUACACACACUCGCUUCAAUGUUAUUUCUAAAGGGGAGAGCAGGGGUAAAAGUAGUUAAAAAAAUGCUGCCGAUCCUCAACACUGGGAUGGACUGAAUGGAGGCAGCGGCAACAGCGAGCGGAGACGUCAAAUCCACCUGCAGUCAGGCGCCACACUCCCCGAGCAGCUUGUUGAGUUCUCCGUAGACGUCCAGCCCUCGGCCUCCCCAUGCCUCCCGCUCCUCUCGACGACAGAAUUGUGGUGGCGCUGCCAAGGCCGAUCCGACCUCAGGAACUUCAUCUGCGCCUGGACACCAGCUACCUGGACUCCUUCUCCAGCAGCAGCAGCAGCAGGAGCAGCAGCAGCAGCAGCAGCAGCAGCAGCAGCAGCAGCAGCAGGGCUGUCAUCAGCACCACCGUGGUGAAGAUCCGGACGACGGCCAAUCUUGUAACGUAUAUGCCCUCAUCCAAGGGCUCCACGCGCUCAUUGUCGUGUGGAUGCAGCAGUGCCAGCUGCUGCUCUGUGACUACCUAUGAGAAGGACAGCCAGAGCCUCAGCCACAGCCCGGUGAGUGCCAGCAGCCCCAACCUCAGCUAUGCUGCGCCCCCUACUCCCAUGGUGAGCAACCAUGAAGCAUUUAGCACCCCCAGUCUCACCACGGGCACCCCAAAGGCCAUAUCCUCCCUGAGGGUCAUCCAUCCCAAUGAGUUGGCCAAGCGGAUGACCUGCUGUCCCAUGGGCCACCCCAUAGGGCCCGUGCCUGUCAUCAUCGACUGCCGGCCCUUCAUGGAGUACAACAAGAGCCACAUCCGGGGAGCGGUGCACAUCAACUGCUCCGACAAGAUCAGCCGACGGCGGCUGCAGCAGGGCAAGAUCACUGUGCUGGACCUCAUCUCCUGCCGCGAGGGCAAGGACUCCUUUAAGGGCAUCUUCUCCAAAGAGAUUGUGGUUUACGACGAGAACACCGCGGACCCCAACCGGCUGGCGGUCUCUCAGCCUCUACACGUGGUCCUGGAGUCGCUGAGGAGGGAGGGCAAAGACCCCAUUGUCCUCAAAGGAGGCCUUAGCUGCUUCAGACAGAGCCAUGAGAACCUGUGUGAGCAUUCGCUGCACCUUCACGAGGGCUUGGAGCCCGGCGCAGCUGCAGGGCUGACGGGUGCACUACCUCACUCCCUGCCCUCGACUCCGGACAUAGAGAACGCAGAGCUGACGCCAAUCCUGCCGUUCCUCUACCUGGGGAACGAGCAGGACGCUCAGGACAUCAACCUGCUGCAGCGCCUGAACAUCGGCUACAUCCUCAACGUCACCACCCACCUGCCGCUCUACCACUACGACACGGGCCUUUUCAUCUACAAGCGCCUUCCGGCCACCGACAGCAACAAACAGAACCUGCGGCAGUACUUUGAGGAGGCGUUUGAGUUCAUCGAGGAAGCACAUCAAGCAGGUCUGGGCCUUCUGAUCCACUGCCAGGCCGGCGUGUCUCGCUCCGCCACCAUUGUGAUCGCCUACCUGAUGAAGCACACCUGGAUGACCAUGACGGACGCCUACAAGUUCGUCAAAACCAGGAGGCCCAUCAUCUCCCCCAACCUCAACUUCAUGGGCCAGCUGCUGGAGUUCGAGGAGGAUCUGAACAACGGAAUAACCCCGCGAAUCCUCACGCCAAAGCUGAUCGGCGUGGAGACGGUCGUCUAGUCAAAUUCUUUUCCAGAGUGUUUGCUCACACUCUCACCGUUCUUCAAGAGACGAGAGCACGCGAGAGAUAGAUGUUUUAUCAAAUCUCUUCGUGCUCAUGUUGGACACUGUGGAGGUGCCAAAGCUCUGGGUCAGGGGUGAUGAAUGAUGCCAAAAAAAACCCUGUGUUUGGACCUGACCCGUGUCUGAGAGGAGAACAGGAGUUACAGAGGAGGUGGUCAGUGGGAUAGAGUCCCGCUGUGACCUCAGAGGAGGUGCAGAAACUCCUACAGCUCACACUGUGGCACAGUUUAUGCUGAGUUUGGCCAUGGCAGUGCCUGUGAAAUAAAAACAUAUAUAAUAAUGAAGACAGUUUUGCUGUGUUAAUGUUGUUCUAUUUUUAUACGGGGGAUUUUUCGGGGGUUGACCAUAAGGAGCCUCUGUCGGCUCACUGUGCAAUAAUCUGUGGAGUGGAAUGCAACCGAGACCUUGGUCUUGUAUGUGUAUAUAUGGCUAAUGAUGACAAAACAUUUCCAGCUCUUUGCUGAGAGUCCAUUUUUGUUAUUGUCCAAACUGUUACAGCCACUUCUGGGUUCAUUCAAAUUCACAGUCACGUGUUGUGCCAUUCCUGCAUCCACACGAGCGUACGGUAUACAGUUUCAUGAGAACACGGGCCAUGUGGCCAUUUUUUAUGCAUGGCUGGAAAAAAAAAACACUUUUGAAAAUAAUGAGUGAAUAUUAUAAAAAAAAACAGGGCUACAGCUGAUGUUUAAUGUAACAGGCAGAAGAAAAUUCCACUGCCUUCUGUUUCUCCUGCGUGUUUUUCGCUCCACUUCACCCCUGAGCCACACGCUCCACCGUCUCACCAUCCCAGUGUCACUGUGACCGUGCACGCCCAGGUGCACCAAAACAGACGUAAACCUGCUCCUGUGGGUCAGGGUUUCGUUUGAGCCGUCCUUUUUUUUUUUUUUUUUUUUUUUUUUUUUUAAAUCAUUUACGACCUUCUCCUCCUCUCUCUGCUGUCACUCAAACUGAGCUACAGUUUAGUGUCUAUCAAUGCCUUAAUCCAUGUGUCAUCAUCACAGGCAGAGGAGCCAUGGCAUCAGCCUGAGGCUAAGUUCUUUGUUUCUGGACAAAUGUUAUAUCUAAGAGUCAAAAUUACCCCCGCGUUGGGUUAUUAAAAUUGAAUAUUACCAAUGAUACGGCUCCCUUAGGUUAAAAUUUUCGUAACCUCAUUAAAAUUUCUUUAAACUUUUAUGCAAAGUAAUUAAGGAAACUUGAUUUUAAAAUAUCAC